GGACGAGGAAAACUUCUCUAUGGCUAUGGCGGUCCGGAUUUGUAUCAAUACAAAACUUACACCCCUUUGGAAGGCAUACAUUAGUCAAUGUCUUUGGCACCUGUCAAGAGACUUAGGCAAACACUCGUACAUGUUUAGUUUUUAAAAAUAAUAUUAAUUUAUUUUAAUGUAAUAAGUUUUUUCCAAUUUAAUUUUGCUAUGGUUUCUAAACACUCACAAAUAAAUUUGUUAUAUAAACUUAAUAAUCCACCUUAAAAUUAAUAACUACGAUGCCUGCUUCUAUCAUUAAAAUUUUUUUUUACAAAAAAUUGUAUUAAUUUAAAGGUGCUACCAAGUGGUACUACGCAAUCAGAAUUUGAAGAGUAGUCUUAAUACAUUCCACUGACACAACUAGGAGCGUCCUAUUUGUAUUACUGGCUGACACAAACCCACCACGAAAAAAGACUGUUGCAUACAUUAACAUUCUCUCUUUAAUAACAGAAUUCUCAAACAGCCUGGCAACGCGACAAUUAAAUUGUACUAUUUCAUAAUAUGGCACCACUGAACGUGGUGAUUAAUAUAUUCUGCCAAUAACAAAAUUGCACAAAAUUGUUUGUGUUAGUACAUGCUUUUUGUAGCAUAACCAUUUUGCAAAAUAAAUUGAUUUAAAUAAAUAUGUCACGAAAAGAAGCACUCUCACAAUUCAUAAAUCAAAUACAUGGGCGACCUGUGGUGGUUAAGCUAAAUAGCGGCGUUGAUUACCGUGGUGUUCUGGCUUGUCUGGAUGGCUACAUGAAUAUUGCGCUCGAUCAAACGGAGGAGUAUGUUAAUGGGCAGCUCAAAAAUAAGUACGGCGAUGCAUUUAUACGCGGUAACAAUGUGCUCUAUAUUUCCACGCAAAAAAGGCGCGUAUGAGAGAUUUAAAUGAAACUUUUCAUCUUCUCGCAAAUUCGGAAUAAACAAAUUUUGUACUUUAAUAAUGCUUAGUUUAAAAUGAAUAAGUAAAUUAGAGUAGGUAA